AUGGCUGCCCCCCACCCACAGACGCAAGUUCAACCCUGUCGUUACAAGACCGGCAAGACGUUAGGCGCGGGCUCAUACAGCGUGGUGAAGGAAUGCGUGCACAUUGAUACCGGUCGCUACUAUGCGGCCAAGGUCAUCAACAAGCGGCUGAUGGCUGGGCGAGAGCAUAUGGUGCGGAAUGAGAUUGCGGUGUUGAAGCGGGUCUCAAUGGGCCACCAAAACAUUCUCACGCUUGUGGACUACUUCGAAACGAUGAACAACCUCUACCUUGUCACCGACCUCGCCCUCGGCGGCGAACUGUUUGACCGUAUCUGCCGAAAAGGCUCCUACUACGAAUCAGAUGCUGCCGACCUGAUCCGCGCUACUUUGUCCGCUGUCGCCUAUCUUCACGACCAUGGCAUCGUCCAUCGCGAUCUCAAGCCCGAGAACUUACUCUUUCGUACGCCGGAAGAUAACGCCGACCUGUUGAUUGCGGAUUUUGGGUUGAGCCGGAUCAUGGAUGAAGAGCAGUUCCACGUACUGACGACCACAUGUGGAACGCCAGGGUACAUGGCGCCCGAGAUCUUCAAGAAGUCUGGACACGGCAAGCCUGUGGAUGUGUGGGCGAUAGGUGUUAUCACAUAUUUCUUGCUUUGCGGAUACACGCCGUUCGACCGGGAUAGCAAUUUGGAAGAGAUGCAAGCAAUUCUUGUCGCAGAUUACAGCUUCACGCCUAUCGAGUACUGGAGAGGCGUAAGCUUGACGGCGCGGCAGUUCAUCAAGCGUUGCUUGACGAUCGAGCCGACGCAGAGGAUCACGGCGCACGAGGCGUUGAUGCAUGAGUGGAUCGCGGGUCCGCAGUCUGGCCGCGGUGAGGAGGAUCUGUUGCCGACAGUGAAGAAGAACUUCAACGCACGGCGGACGCUGCACAAAGCCAUUGACACGGUGCGCGCCAUCAACCAGCUCCGCGCCGGUGGGUUAGGGAUGAUGGACGGCAUUAUGUCGAAGCAGCCGAAGAAGAUGGCGCCGAAGGAGCAGCAACCGGCUUCGGAGGAUGAUGUGCAUGCCAAUGGCCAGAUGUCGCAAGACGUGGAGAUGACCGACGCUGACGGCACAAACGGUAGUGCCGAUAAGGUCGACUCCUUUGUGUUGGACCCGAGAGGGCAUGGUAAAGGCCAGAGUGACGCACAAAUCAAGGAGCAGCAGAAACGGAUAGAGGAGACGCAGAAGGGUCUGUGGCAAGCUCGAACGUCGCAGAGAGCGUAG